GACAGGGUCAGGGUUCACGGAGGCCGGAGCCGGUGUCUGUCUGGUCGCGGGCAGAACUGAAGAGGCCGGGAGUCGGACGUUUCCUUCAGGUCCACCCCCCCUUCAUGGCGGCUCGCCGGCUCCGGGAAGUUUUGCAACUGGGAGCGCGGGGAGGGCUGCGGCUAAGAGCGCCCCCGGCCGGCAGUUUCAGGCACAUGCCAUCCUGUGGGAUUCUGAUGAUCCGCGCUCCCCAUGCUGCUGGAAACCUCGAUUGGGAUCUCAGUUCCCAGCACAGCCGGACAUUCAUCAACUUUACGGGGCCUUUCACCAACAAACGGAAGGAAUAUUCAGAAAGGAGGAUCAUUGGGUACUCCAUGCAGGAAAUGUAUGAUGUUGUGUCCAAUGUGGAUGAAUACAAGGACUUUGUUCCUUGGUGCAAAAAAUCACUUGUGGUCUCUAAGCGCACAGGCCAUGCAAAGGCCCAACUGGAAGUUGGAUUCCCUCCCAUUGUGGAACGUUACACAUCCAUUGUGACGUUGGUGCGGCCCCAUAUGGUGAAGGCUGUCUGCACAGAUGGAAAGCUAUUCAACCAUUUGGAGACUAGCUGGCGUUUCAGCCCUGGCAUUCCUGAUGCUAGUCUGACAUUCGAACCACUGCACCAGGCUGGCGGUGAAGGAAGCAAAUGCUCUACUCACGUGAUAAAUGCACAUCUGUACAACCGGAAGGCUCUUGGGCAUUGUGCCUGUUUCAUUCAGUCCCUGGCUGUUGGAGAGCAAAUUUCUUUUGAGUUCCGCUCCCUGCUGCAUUCACAACUGGCCACAGUUUUCUUCGAUGAAGUGGUCAAGCAGAUGGUGGCAGCCUUUGAGCGGCGGGCAGGAAAGAACUUCGGCCCUGAGACUCGCAUUCCCCGAGAGCUCAUGUUCCACGAGGUGCACCAGACGUGAAGGCUGCCCGGCUGCUGUGGAGGCAACGCGGACUCUUUGUGCUGGGAGGCACGCUCGAGGGCUUACCCAGCCCAUCUCUUUUUACCUAUUUAUUUGGUUUCUUCCAGUAUCCUGUCUAAUUUAUCCACUGGACCUUUUGUGAUGAAGAGACUCGUUCCAGAAAAAGGGGCCGGGCUACUGUGUUGCCUAUAGAACAACCUCUCAGCCUUUUGAGUUGCCUGGCUGUGCUCUUAUGCUGGGUCACCUUGGUUUUUUUGGGUUAGCGCAUUUUACUUUUAAGCUUCCCCCUCUUUUAAAUCCCCAAUCUGAGGAUUUCCUCUCCAUCCCCUUGCCAUUCACCCCCGUGGCAUAUGCUCAUGUGGCUGCCUUAGGCUGUGGACUGUGCCAAUCCCUGUUUCUUGAGAGCAAGGUAGCAGAAGCGGUCACAUGCGAUCAGGUUCUCUUUUUGUGCCUCUUAAAUCAUGUGAAUAAACAGACUGGGGCUGCCUCUUGGCAAUACAAGGUGGGGCUGGCUGUGCCAGUUGCCUGGCAGUCUCAUUUAGGAGCUGAAUUUGCAACAGCAGCAUAAUAACCGGGUUGUCCAGCUGUGCUCUGGAACGUUUGAAGCCAAACGGAGAGCACACAAGGCACAGCAGAGGGGAAGCAGGCAGCUAUGAAGGAGUGGAGGAAAGGAGAUGUUCUGUAAUGGCUGCUUGGGGGCGCCAAAAACAAGCAAGCAAUGGGCAGCAGCUGGCCUGGGCGGCUCUUCCUCAUCCAAGUUUUGCACCUGUGCUUUGUUUGUACUUAGGAUGUCUAGGAUAGCUUUCAGACACAAAGGAAAGAUGCAUAUGCAAAAUGAAGGCUGAAAAGCUUACCAGACUCCAAGGAUACUCUUGGAGUCUAUUAACUUCAGAAAAGAGGUGUGAGAAGAGAAGCCCAAAUGGGUGGGAGGGAGGCCAGGCAAGGAGAAACCGCGCGGUCUGCUGUGACUGCCGCCAGCGCUUUCUUAAGAGUCGAGAUUUCCCGUCUCUCCUGGUUUGUUUAGACCCCAUAUUCCAAGCACCCAAACAUACCUGGCUUCUAGCGGCAGGUAGAGGGAGAAGUGUCUGAUUUAACCUCUCUAGUGGAGAAAACUGACCAGUUGAAAGCUAGAGGCACUGGAGCUAUGGUGUGAGCAAGCCUCCUCCAUGUUAUCAGCUCCAUGGUUGCAUGCCGGUGCCCUAAACAGCAGCUAGGGUAAGGCAUUAGUAGGUUGGGGGCUGAUUGUUUCUGAGUAGAGUCUCUUUCCCCCCCCUCUCCCUGCCUUCCUACAACCAUGGCUGCUCUUUCUGUACAAGGAGAGCGGCUGUGGCUUGUGCGCUGUGUGUUGCAGAGGGUUCAUCUGGAAGCGAGCGACUAGGGCUCCAUUCUCUUCAGGAGCUUCAUCUGGAAUCCACAGUUUCUGGUGUUUUGUCCCAUGAAGCUCCGUCCCACAGCCAUCAUGGCUGGUGUCAAUCUAAUUAGCUGUUCCAGAAACUGCCUUCUGUUCCCAUGACGCCGGUGUGGGUAUCCCAGGAGAGAGAGCUCUCUGUCUCUCUGGUCCAUUUUGUUUUCCUUAACUUUGCCACACUCUGCUAAUCAGGAAGAUAAGUUUACCUAAGUGAGAUGCACAUUUUGCACAAGCCGUGGACGCACAUUAUUGCUGGUGUUGAGUUGGGGAGGUCUCCCUUGGCAAGAGGGUGGAGCUGCCAUCCCUCAAAUGCACCCAUAUCAAGGGCUGAGCCAUGCAGUGUACUGUAUGUUUUUGGUUCCCAAGAGUGGUUAGGUGGGAGGGAGUUGUCUGUAUGAGAGAAUGAGUGCGCACCUAUAUGCUGUCAUAGUUUACCAUUGGGACUGAAUGAGGUCAGUUUGUGGGGGAAGGGGAGAGAGGAGAAGGAGAGUAUUGAGUUGUGCGGUGGGGAGGAGCGGGAGCAGGGUAGCGCUAUAUAAAUCUUAGGCACUGCUUUCCGACCCUCUGCUUCCUCAAAUGUUGGUGGUGCAGUGGCACUAACACCUAAGCCAGUGCGCUGAAAAAGUUCUGUCUGGAGGACGGCUCAACAGAGGCUUGACUUACGGAUAGAACUGAAACCAUCAAUCAUUCUCUGAGGUGUCUUCCAGCAUCAAGAUUUUUCUAGCCCUAGUUAAGAGAUUUCCAAGUUUCUCCCUUUUUUGUUCAUUUGCCCUGUGAUUGACAUUCAAGUCAAAAAGGCAGGCUGGGAAAGCCUGUGCAUAGCGGAUGGCUAGUUUGCUGAUAAAGUCUUAGAGACACGGGCUAGGUCACAUCUGAAGCCAUGUUUAGGGUAAUUGGAAGCAAGCAACAUGUGAACCAUUGAGAUUACCCUUCUUGGACAGGGCUGUAUCUUGAUGUGAGGCUGUCUGUUGUGGCAGAGAUCUCUGAUCAGUCAUUUGUGAUGUGGCAUGGCAUUUCCACCAGGACCAGCAUCUUUCUCUGAUGGCUUCCCUUUAUCCCACAGAGAACUGGUUGUUCUCUUGCUGAACAUUGCGUAUAUGUCUGUCAGCUCCCCUUAAAUCUGUGCGGUUCCUCUUGAUGACUUCCCUGUGGAAAGACUGCUUUCCUGUCUUUUAUGUUGAAGUAGCAACUUGGAUAUCUGGUAUCUUCCCUGAGUCCAGCCCCUUCUUAUUUCUGAUGGUUUUCAAAUACCAACCAUGGUGUGAUGUACAGCUACACCAUGAUCAGUGUGACUAUGGAUUUAGACCAAUAUUUCAUAUCCUUUGUUGAAAGUUUCCCUGCCAAUGAUGGUUCAGAUUUGAAAGCAUUCUCUCUUCCCGUCCUGCUAAAAAAAGGUAGCACUCUUUUCCCAACAUGCUGAUGAAGAUCUGGUUGCAAAGAGCACCCUUUUCUUUGAUCUUCAUCCCAGUUUAUGCCAUUGUCCUACAUAUAAGACAGAUGGGCCCAACUAUGGUGGAGUAUACAUGGCAGAUGUUACCCUUUCCUUCCAAAAGGAGAGGCAUUUUGAAAGCCAGUUUCCUGGACCAGGAGACUCUGCAUGGAAGCAAAUAGUUUUCCUCUCUGUAUAUUUGAAGUAUUUGUGAUAAUGAGGAAGCUGCCCUGGGAGGAGCAGUUAUUCUUUUUUUUUCUAAUUACCCAGGAGGAAAUAAUUCACUUAGCAGACCAAGCACAUUCUGUACUGUACUAAUGGAGAACAGCAAGUUUAGAAGGGAACCUUCUUGCUUACCUGUCCUUAUCCUAAGGGUGCAUUGUGGGGGAGGAAUUGCAACUUCCCCCCUAUCUAGAUGUCUGACUAGCACAGAAUGCUGAACAGUGCACUUUCCCCAUUUUGUUUCGAAAGUGUGAUGCCAUAUGGACCCCUAGAGGGUCCAGUUACACAGAAGGAAGAUCUGAGCUUCAACAGGGAAAGCCCCAGGUUCAGAUGCCUGCCUCACACUCGAAUGUCAGCAGGUGGCUGGGAGCCAAGUCGCUGCCUCUCACCCACAGCUUCUGUCAAGGAUCCUUUUAAACCGCUCUGUAUGCUGAAGCGUUACAAAAAUAAUUCAAGCAAAUGCAGCUUCUCCCAGUGCCAGGUAGUAAUAAGGUGUAGUCUCUAUAAAAGUUCUCCCUUCUUUGUAAACCUCCUGAAGUUGCCAGGGCUCUUUCUUCUUUCUGUCUAGCAAUCUUAGUAGAAAAUCACUGAUUGGCCUAUUAAGGUUGCAGUCUCCUAUGGAGUAAAUCUCAUUAAACUCAAUGGAACUUUCUUCUCUCUGAACACACUUCAGUUUGCACUUUUUAGACUAUCACUUGCCCAGUUGUGUAGUAUCUGUGUGUAGAAAGGCAUCAGUCACCUCAAGAGACUAGUGAUUCAAAGAAAGCCUCGCUCUGACUACAUUAGGCUUGCUGUUCUGCAGAAGCACAGCAUGGGGGCCAGACCAGUGGGGUAUUGAGAACAGAAUUCAGCUUCCUACAAAUCUCAAGUUUUCAUUUUUUAAAGUGAGAAGCAGGUUUCUAGUCCUUGUGGCUAUGAAGAUAUGUGUGAAAAUGUGCAGGCAAUGCCUACUGAGAACGCAGAAGUCAAGAGGAAUAGCCAAGGCUUCCAGUAGUUGGGAGUGUAUUCCUCAUAUUUGCAAAAUGUAGAAUAAAAAGUGCCAAGAAGGGAAGAAGGGGGGGGGGAGGGAAUGACGUACAGUUAAUUGGUAUCAUUCAUACAGUCCACUGAAUUCAGUGUUGGUGCAGAACUGGGGUUGUCUGGGCAUGAGCUUCCCAUUUGAGCAUGGAAUGCAGCCAGCCAUGCAUACAAGCAGCUAUUUCCCUGCCUGAGUACCUGCCUUGGUGGUUUCUCUUUCUGUGUGCAUUCCACCGAGCUUGCUGCUUUCUGUGGGGAGGGACAGCCUGUGCAGAGGUGAGGGGGCUGUAGCAGGGGAGGUGGUCAAACCGCCUCCUCGUCACUUCCAUCAGCGGAACUGGGCUUGUGAAAGAUGUACAUGGAACCAUUUCACCCCUUCCCUCUCCUUACUGCACCCCCCCCCCCGACUCAAGCAGCUGUUCCCCAGGACUGAUCUUCAUAGGGGGUCAGAAGGGGCUGCAGGAAAAUCAGCCUUCCACGCAGAUGUGGCCAGAGAGAGAUUAGUAGUAAUCGCAGAGAUUCUUCUGGCUGGGCUCUUACUGUGCACACUUGUAUCCCACAAGGUUGUUGGGUCCUGUUCUCCAGUGCUGUCAUGACACCGGUUUUGGCAAUUAUUACUCUGUCCGUACCUUUGGUGUUCUGAACUUCUGGUGGGAUAUUUCUUUCAUAGCUAUGAGUGUUAGAAACCUGCUUUUUUUAAAUAUAAAAACAAAGUGCUCAUUGGAUGUGCAGUGACUUAAGUACUGACUAAAUGCAAGUGGUCAGCUCACCAUUACGCACUUGCCAAGAAAGGACCAAGACCGGCUUGUAUGUGCUAAAACAGUGUUCUUGUUUUUUGGAAGGAUGGGUGGUAUAAAUUCUGCUGAGACUAUUUUUUUUCCUGUGUGACUAGUUGGAAUUAUUGUAAAGAUGAUCCUUGAAUCAUGAAUUGCGUUAAUAUAGAUGUCAGCCGAGUCCCUUUUAGACUGACAGAAAUAGAUCAUGGCAUCAGGUCACCUAAAGUUAUUAAAUUGUGACUGACAUCCCAUUGGUUUCAAGGGAGUUUAAUGUUAGGUGUGUGUAUGUGGAGUGGGGCUCUUCUGGUUAAAUAAAAUAAGUCAAAGCAGCAUUCUUCAUUAAGUGCUUGUUGAAACUCAGUCCUCAUUAUGUUGAAUUCUCUGAGUCUCUGCUGAGCUCGAGUUUCUCUGGUAAGGGCUUUGCAUCGAUGAGACUCAUGCUGGACCUGGCUUAUAAUUGGGCCAUUCACCCUCCUGUUGAUGUCUUACAUUACAGGCUGAGGGGUGUCCUAAUGUCCUUUGGCUCUUGUAAGCCGGGUGUCCUUUCUCACCCCAUUGAAACUUAAGCCACCCCAUGCUGAGCCCCCAAUCCUACUGUUCUCACGAUCAAAGCAGUUGUGGCAUAGAUGCUGGAGUGCCUUCUGCUUUCACUUACCUGACUCCUGCUGUCUCGCCUGGUGCAUGCUACCUCAGCUUGUUAGGAAAUGGGAUUAUUGCUGGAGGAAAAAAGAUGCAAAGCCUGUCUCCUCAAAAAGUUGAAAGACUGAACCAAUCCCAAGAGCAUUUUUA